AUGAAGCGUCAGUUGAAUUCACCCGAUUUCGCGUCGACAAUGUCGUCGACAAAGUUUCAGCCCAAACGCGGCACGAUUUGCGCAGCUCGGUACUCUCAGGACAAUUUGUGGUAUCGUGCUCGCGUCCUGCGUGUUGCCGGAAAGAUUGUGACUAUAAUGUUCAUUGACUUCGGUGAUGAAGAAUCUGUCGAUACUGGUGUUGCUGGUGCGCCACGACUGGCCGCGCUACCAAAGAACCUCGAAGGCCACGAGCCCGUUGCCACGCCUUAUCGUCUGGCUUAUGUCCAGUUACCACCCGAUUCGGACGAUCGUAAGGCGGCGUUGGAAUAUCUCACGCAAAGGAUCGGUGACGUAAAUAUUCGGGUGAGCCCAGUGCCGGGUCCAGCAACACCUUGUGGGAAGGACGACAACCGCCCGGUUCACAGCGCGGUGGUGUAUGUGUGCUCAAAGCAGCCUAAUGAACCGUCAGGCUCUGCAGAUUCGGCCUCCGAUGUCAUUGACGUCGGCGAGGAAUUGCUCAGCAACGGCUUGGUUUACAUGGAACGUGCUCGUAUGCCAAGUGACAUUUGUGUGCGUUACUCAGAGGCCCAACAAAGUGCAAUGCGUGGCCGUAGAAAUAUUUGGCGUUACGGCGACUUUCGUGACGACGAUGCCGCUUAA